AAAAUUUGUACUAGUUAAAACCGCCUAAUUGCACAAUACUUAUUAAGCAAACUGACUAAAUAGGCGUUUAAUUAGUGUUUUUUUGGAUUUUUUUAGUUAUUUAGUACAUUGUGGUAAGAAAUUACAUGAUUUUAUUCUAGUCCCGUACAUUUGGUCGCAAACAAAGAAUAUUUACAGAAUUUUAAAACCUUUGAGAGUAAAAUAAGCUGUAAAACGACAGUCGUUUUAACACGAUAUUAAAUAUAUAAUUAAAAAAUAUUUUAAUUUUAUGUAGUCUACUAAAAAGUGAUUUAAUCGUACCUCUGAGAUAUUUAAAUUAAUAACGCUUAUUUUUAUACACUUUAUUUUUAUUACAUUACCUUCGACGCUAACAGGGCAACCCAUAAUAACUACAUAACUAAAGUUUGUUUAUCAAAAAUUUCAGGUAAAAUAAAUAUUCUUAUAUGCAAAAACCCAUGCAACAAACGUGAAUUAAAAUUAUGACGUAACAACAGUACUUAUGACUCAGUAAAAAUCUACCAGGGUCAAUUUUAGUAAUAUUUUUGUUGCAAAAUUAUAAUAUGUUCUCACAAGCAAAAGAAAAAAAUAAAGUUCUAAGAGACAAAUUGAAAAAACUCCGUCUUGAAAGUUAUUACUCUUGUGAAGGAACAGAGUGCUUAAUGACCAAACCGAAGAUGGAUUCAACAUACGGAGCACCGAGAGCGUCUUCAAGCGUUCGCUACCAUGACCGUGAUACAACAGACGUUUCAAGAAAUAGUUCGAUGCUUUCGGAUCGAGCAAAAGUUGUUCGUAGCGAAGCUUCUAGAAGGAUUGAUUCGUUGUUGACGGAUUGGAGAGAGUACAGGGAACGAGCAGAAGAGGAAAUCAGACGACGUUCGAAAAUGGAACAAUACCUUCGUGAGAUGGUGACGCGGAGAGAGCGCGAAACCGAAGAACUUUCGUUCGAAUUAACCAAUAUGAGGUCACAGUUACUCGAACAGAAGAAGAUGAUGGACGAAAUGAACGACGAACGCGAUACGGAAGCGAAAUGUCGAGCGAAGUGCGUCGAACUAGAACGACAGAUAACAAAGUUAAAUCAUUACAUCUCCCAACUGCUGGGUGAGAUCCAAUCUCGUGAUGACGUCAUCAAGGCUGGUGCAGUCGAACGUGGAAACCUUCAGCAACUAAAUUCGGAUCUCCGUCAUCGGAAUCUUGAACAACAGAAUAAAAUUGAAAUGUGCGAACAUGACGUAACAGAAACCCGGAUGGAGUUGGAGAUAUUAGAAGAUAUGGUGAAAGCACUUAAUGAAAGGAAGACAAGUAUAUUUGGUGGGUCGGUAUCGUCACCCUCGCAAACACCAAGACCCCAAUCAAACCCUCGAUCACAUUCAACAGCAGCUUAUCCCUUUAAAACAAACCCAACCCUCACGAACUUUACCUUCGACACAACAGUAUUGGACGGAUCGCCGCAGGUAAUGAAAGAAGCGACAAAACUUGAGGCAGGAAGAUUAGUUAAACAUUCUUCCUCAUCAUCUGACGCUGCAGAACAAUCAAGAGUUAUUGGAGAUAAAAAGUCAGCUUUGUCUGCGCUCAAGUCUAUGCAGAAGGAACAUUCACAAAAAUGCAGUUAUCUGGCAGAUCACAUUAAAAAGUUAAAGGAAGAAAAUAAACAGAAAGAGAAAAAGAUUUGUGAGUUACAAGGAAAGCAUAAGAAGACGGGUCCCAUGGAAUGAUGUAGACUUGAUACACAAUAAAACAUCAAGUGAU